AGUAUGGAAGUAUGCGGUUUGGGAGUCAAACCAUUAAACAAACAGAGACGUUAAAUUCCGCUCAGACGCAUAAUCGCGUCACCGUACCGCACGCGGGUCUAAAUAAACAGUCUAUAUACACAGGGUGCGUUGAAAACCUUCCGAAGGGACGACAUAUAAACAAUCGCUACGGAUAAGAAAAAUUACGUUGUUUUCAUUACUUUGUUCGCCAAGUGUAUUGUAAUCACCGUAUGAGACACACUUGCGCAACCCCAUCUAGAGUUUAUUUAUCUAGAGUUUUCAAAGACAAUAGGAGGGAGGAUCACUUGGAGUUUGCCUACACACAAGUUCUUUACAGUGAAACUCCAGGCAUACUGACAGUGUUGCUGAGGAGCAUGGCUAAGCGUGUUGCUGUGAUUGGAGCAGGCCAUGCUGGGCUGGUCUCCAUCAAAUGUUGCUUGGAUGAAGGUCUGGAACCGGUGUGUUUUGAAAGCAGUGAUGAUAUCGGUGGACUCUGGAGAUUUAAGGAGACACAUGAGGCAGAACGCACCAGCAUUUAUCGUUCUCUAGUAGUGAACACCUCUAAAGAGAUGAUGUGCUUCAGCGAUUUCCCGAUGCCGGAUCAUUUCCCAAACUACAUGCACAACUCCCUGCUCGUGCAGUACUUAAGACUCUACGCUGAACACUUCGACCUGCUCAAACAUAUUCAAUAUAAGACUACAGUAAGCAGUGUGAGACAGAGGCCGGAUUUCUCUACCUCUGGUCAGUGGGAUGUGGUGACCGUGGACAGAGAUGGACGAGAGGAGAAACACGUGUUUGAUGGUGUUCUAGUGUGUACAGGACAAUACACACAACCUAACAAACCCCUCUCUGACUUUAAAGGUGUUGAUACAUUCCCAGGAAAAAUUCUCCACAGCUGGGAUUAUAGGGAUCCUGAUCUUUACCGUGGCAAGAGAGUUGUGAUUGUUGGGAUUGGAAAUUCAGGUGUAGACAUUGCUGUGGAGCUCAGCAGAGUUUGUGAGAAGGUGUUUCUGAGUACCCGCACAGGGGCGUGGGUCAUAGGUCGCUUGUCAAAUAGAGGGCACCCUGUGGAUUUGGUGCUGGUAAAGCGAAACGUGGAUCUGAUGUUUCGCCUUCUGCCUCAAAGUUUGUUGAACUGGAUUGGAGAGAGAAUGCUCAAUCAGAAAUAUGACCACAAGUUUUAUGGACUACAGCCUAAACACAGAUUUUUUAACCGGCGUCCCAUAAUCAACGAUGACCUCCCAGGUCGCAUUUUGAUGGGAGCCCUGGUGAUGAAACCAAAUCUCCAAAAAAUUCAAGACUCAACAGUCGUUUUCGAUGAUGGGACAGCUGAAGAGAAGAUCGAUGCUGUGAUCUUGUGUACAGGAUAUAAUUAUGCAUUCCCCUUCCUCCCCACCUCCUUAAACUCUGGUCCUGAUGGAGAACUGACACUCUACAAAAGAAUCUUUCCCCCAUCUCUAGAGCGUCCGACAUUGGCCAUCAUGGGUCUUUUCCAGCCCAAUGGGGCGAUCAUGCCAGCUGUCGAACUGCAGGCACGCUGGGCCACCCGAGUCAUCGCAGGGUUAAACCAUCUUCCUUCAAACCGAAAAAUGCAUGAAAUUAUUGAAAAGGAACGCAGAGCAAAUUUAAAAUGUUACGCUUGUCCCAAGGAGGCUGUCCUUCAAGUGAAUUAUAUUCCUUAUCUAGAUACCAUGGCAAAGGAAGUGGGUGUCCGACCAAACAUAGUUUGGUUACUUCUCAGUGACCCUGCUUUGGGUUUGAGGGUUCUUUUUGGUCCCUGUACGCCCUACCAGUUUCGUCUACGUGGACCAGGACAUUGGAGUGGUGCUCGUCAGGCUAUCCUUACAGUAUGGGAGCGUGUGGCCAAACCCAUGAAGACACGCCCCAUUCCAGACCCAAAAUCCAGCAGUUUGUUAUAUUGGAUGGGACUUGCAGGAGGUGCUGCAGUAAUUGUGAUCAUUAUGGUAAAACAAAAGAAGAUUCCAUUUUUUUUGAGAAUCAAUUACAUUGAGACAGCCUUAUUUGGACAAAAGUAAGCGUUUAGGGUAACACUUUACAAAAAGUUGUAUUAGUGUAAAAGUGUUGUUUAUUGUAAGUUCAUGUUAGCUAAUGCAUUAAAGGAAUAGUCUACUCAUUUUCAAUAUUAAAAUAUGUUAUUACCUUAACUAAGAACUGUUGAUACAUCCCUCUAUCAUCUGUGUGCGUGCACGUAAGCGCUGGAGCGCGCUGCGACGCUUCGAUAGCAUUUAGCUUAGCCCCAUUCAUUCAAUGGUACCAUUUAGAGAUAAAGUUAGAAGUGACCAAACACAUCAACGUUUUUCCUAUUUAAGACGAGUAGUUAUACGAGCAAGUUUGGUGGUACAAAAUAAAACGUAGCGCUUUCUAAGCGGAUUUAAAAGAGGAACUAUAUUUUAUGGCGUAAUAGCACUUUUGGGAGUACUUCGACUCGCCUGAAAAGUCCGCUCCCCUUCUCACUCUCAUAAUGGGAGAGGGAGGGUGUUACUGCGCCGAGU